AUGGCCGAGCUAGCUAAUGAUAUUUCUCAUGUAGACGAGGUCAUGAGCGACCUUGUGAAAGAGAUCGAAACUGAAAUGGAAAGAACGAUAACGCACACACCGGUACAGAAACGUCAGUUGGACCUUUUGGAGAUCGGUGAAGAGACAAUGGAUAUGAUCGUAGAUCAUAAUACGAGACGUAAUGAGACGGUUGCCAUAUGUUCCCUACAAGUUAAUGAAUGCAAGAAUAAAGAAAAUAGAAAAUCUGUCAUCUUUUCUGAUGAUACCGUGGAAAUUAAAGAAGAUAUAGUUGAAGAUAACGAGCUACAUGUCUCUAAUAGCUCUUUAGAUAUGAUAGAUUUACAGGAUGAUGAUGAUAGGGAAGUGAAAGAGUAUUCUUUACAGGAUUAUGAUCUAAGUUCUAAUUCCUUAGCUUUGGAAGAUUUAGAAAUAAUUAAUGAAAGCCAAGACACCACCGUAGAGGAGACACAGUCAUUGAUAAACUUAGAAAUAGAUGGUGACGAGAGUGAUUCUAGCACUCUAAGAACUCCACAACUUCCACUCCUGCCAGGUUUAGAAGAUAAAUUGAAAAUUAUGACAGAUUAUAUUGAGGAAAAACAAGAAGAAAUUAUAGAAAAAUCUCUCAAUAAUAACAUAUUUCUCAAUGACUCGAGUUCAGAAAGUGAUUAUGAUGAAUUCGCUUUGUUAUCAACAAUUUAUAAGGAUGAAGACAUUGAAACAUUAAAUGAAAGUACUUCCAUUAAAUCUUUUGACCCUAUUAAGCCUUCCAAUUACCUAGCAAUAUGGCAUAAGCAGGACGCACAGCCCUCUCCAGCUAUGAGUAUAACUUCUAGAUUUUCCAGCUCAACUGCCAUUGAAUCACCACAAUUAGCUCAAAGAGAUAAAAGAUCAAGUUUUACUUUCAAACCAAGAAUUAUAAGUAGAAGCAAAAUACACUAUCCAAAGGCGAGAGUUACAUCUUCUUCUUCAGCAGAAGAAGAGCUUCAAAUAACAAUUCCAGAUCCUGAUAUACCAGCUUUGUUUGGCGCAAAUGUACCAGUAAAAGACACCAUUGUGGUUAAAACGGAGACAAAGAAGAACGCAGAAGAUGAAACGCCCUCUUAUAAAAAGAAUGUAGACACUUUUUCUUCAUUGUUUGAUUUCGACAAUGACGAACUAUUUCCUUCUUUGAUUGAAAAUAAUCUGGGUUUUGUUCUAAAUGAAAUCGACCAUAGCUCAUUUCUCAAUUUCAGUGAAAAUUCCAGCUUUUUUGAAAAAGCUGCAGAUAAAAGUUUGCAACCUAUUUUAUUAGAGAGUAGACCUCCAGAUAUUUUAGUUGAAGAUGUUACUGAACUAGCUGUUGGAGAAUCUUCUCUUCUAGAUGUUGAAGAUAUUGACUUUUCAGAAUCCAGCCUUUUCGGCAGUUUCCAAGCAAGAGAAGUAGAAAGUACACCAACAAAAGCGUUUAAACUAGGAUUACAUUCUCAUAGUCCCUUCAAAGUUGUCAACAAAGAUGAAUAUAUCAAAGAUGAUGUAGAAUCCUCCCCUUUGAAACUGCCUAUUGUGAAAAUUGAAGAACAGAGGGAAUCACAGGAAGAGAAAGAGGAGACAAAUUCGUCUACUUGUGAGUCCAAGGAAGUCAGCCUUCCUCAAGCCUUAAAUGCUCCCUCCGAAAUUGAUGUUCCAGUUACCCAUUCACCAAAGAGCGGAAGAUUGUUCUUGGCUUUAGAAGGCAUUGAAAAUUUAGCAUUAAAGGCUAUAAGGCAUCAUAAAGCAAAGUAUUCCAUUGAAUUUGAUUUGGAUGGGAAGAUUGAAAGUACACCGUGGGAAGAAAUGUCCGACAAGGGAUCUAUAGAUGUAAAAAAAGACUUUUCUAUCGUGCUUGAAAGAAACUCUCCCAGUUUAAAAGUAACGUUGAAGUGUAAGUAUCAAAAUCCAGAAAAGGAAUUGGUAGAGAUUGUUGAAAAAGUUCCUGUUGGGAAAAGGUUUCCAUUCCAAAGAACCAAAUAUGUGUAUCGAAAAAAAUAUAUUCAAAGAAAUGCAAAAGCAGAUGAAUGGGCUACUCUAUUUGAUCAAGAUGGCUCGUAUGCGCAGUCUAUGAUAGAUUUUGAUCCAAAAAUGGUCAGUGACUGUAAAUUUAAAAAAAAGAGUGUGGAUAUACCAAUGUUCAAUAAAUGGACUGAAGGCCACUCGGUUUACAAGGUUGGAACAUUGAAGUUUAAUCUUUGUUUCUUUGAAAAAACGUCAUCUGAUGAAGUAAUACCGAACUCAUACGGUAAAGGUCAGAAAAUAGCGGAGAAUUUUAGACUUCAACAGAGUAUCUUCAAAGAAGGAUAUCUUCUGCAGAAGGGUGGUGACCUACAAAGUGCUAUUAGGAGAAGAUAUUUCAGAUUACAAGGGACAGAACUUGUAGGCUAUCACGAAGUCACAAAAGCAUCCGACAUAUCCAUCAAUCUUUUGAAAGUAGAAAAGGUAAUGAGUGCGGAAGCAACAAGGUCAGAAGGUGAUAGAGUAUUCACAAAUCUUACAGAGCUUGUAUUAUUUGGGGAAAGCAUUAAUCUUGUCUUCAAGGACGGAGAAAUUAUCAAUUUGACUGUUGAAGGCAAUGAUGAAGACAGAAAUGACUGGUACAAGAAAUUAUGCCAGGUUGUUGACUUAAACAUCACGCAUCAACCUUGGGUUAAGAAAUAUGUUGAAGCCCAAAAGUUUUCUAAUGCGUAA